AUGACCAAAUGCGCAAGAAUUCUCGCCAACCGUAUGCGGUUGGCGCGAAAGCUGGCCAUCAAACCUCUGCUAAAUCUUGUGGAACCGGUUGAGCGGUUGCCCGUAUCCCGCGUUUGCGUGGUGGCGCAACCCAUCGUUCGGGUCAAGGUGCUUUCAAAAAUAUGUGUCGAGGAGGACACAUGUUUGCACCUACUAGAGUUUGGAGGCGCUGGCACAAACGUAUCAGUGUUAAACAGCGCAGAUACGCCAUGUGUUCUGCGAUUGCGGCUACCGGUGUUCCGGCCCUCUUUAUAG